AUGGCUUCAAUAUGGCUGGCAAAACUGCUCUUUUUUGAAUUGCUCCUCGCACUUGCCACCAACUCCAAUGCCCGCGGUGAUGGUAAACUUAACCUCCGAUGCCAUCCAGACCAGGCUGCAACACUCAUCAAGCUAAAGAAAUCCUUCUUCUUUGAUGAAGCCACCACCAACCUUUCAUCCUGGCAAGAAGGUACGGACUGUUGUCGCUGGGAGGGUGUUGGCUGUGGUGGUUCCUCUGGUCAGGUCACGGCUCUCAGCCUCCGCCGCUUGGGCUUGAGGAGCAAUGGCCUUAACCCUGUGAUCUGCAAUCUCACCUCCUUAAAGUUUCUCGAUCUUAGCAUGACUGACUUUUCUGAAUAUAACAUGUCAGCUGUUGGGCUCGAGAGGCUUAUUUUUCUUACCCACCUCAACCUCUCCAAUUCGAAUCUUGAGGGUGAAAUACCUGUUGGCAUCGGCAAGCUUACGAAUCUUGUCUACUUGGAUCUUUCUAGUGAAUAUCCUAGUGACGACGAAUCUGAUAUUCCUGUUGUUAGCCUAUCUAACUCACUGUGGAUAUCUGAUUUUCAAGCCCUAGUAGGGAACCUCAGCAAUUUAAGAGAGCUCCGCCUUGACGGUGUGGAUAUGUCUACUAGCGGAGAGAACUGGUGUAACACGCUAGCUAAAUCUGUUCCUCGUCUUCAGGUUCUUAGUUUGGAGCAGUGUUCUCUAAGCGGUUCGAUCCACCAAUCCCUUUCAAACCUCACCUCUCUAACUGUGAUCAAUCUCCAAGAAGGCAGUAAUAUCUUUCCUGGUCCAUUUCCGGAGUUCUUCAUGGAUUUCGUCAAUUUAAGUGUACUUCGACUUGCUAAUAUUAAUCUUGAGGGGUGGUUGCCUCCUAGGAUCUUUCAGUCGAAAAAACUAAGUGUCCUUGAUUUGUCCGGGAAUAUGUAUCUUUCAGGGAGUUCGCCAAAAUUUCCGAUUGCAAGUUCUUUGCGGACUUUGAGACUAGAUGAUACCAACUUGUCCUUUUCUAAAACUAGCUCUUCUGGUGGUUUCUUGUCAUUGCAAGAGUUGGCUCUUGAUGUGAGAUUUAUUUCCAUGGAGUUCCUCUCUUCAUUCAAUAUGCUUGUGUCUUUGAAUAAAUUGCGGCUCGGUCGGGGGCUCUUCAGAAGGCAACAAGAAUCAAUCUUUUCAUGGAUUGGCGACAUGAAGAAGUUGUCAGUCUUGGAACUGUAUGAAUGUGACUUCUCUGGCACUAAGCCGUCCUCCAUUAGCAACUUCAACAGCUUGAGAAGCUUGAGAAUUUAUGGCUGCAACCUCAGUAGGCCGAUACUAUCCGCAGUCGGUAAUCUCGUGGACCUGCAAAGCUUGUAUAUGUCCUCGUGUGUACUAAAUGCCCCAAUCACAUCUUCUAUCGGCAAUCUCACAAAUUUAAAUAGACUGGAUGUAUCUGAUUGUGGAUUUCUAGGGCGAAUGCCAUCUUCAAUUGGUAAUCUUGUGAAUUUGAGAAGCCUGAGUUUAGAUUCUUCUUACUUUUCUGGGAAAAUUCCAUCUACAAUUGGCAAUCUCACAAAUUUAAGAAGACUGGAUAUCAGUGAUUGUGGAUUUAUUGGGCCAUUGCCAACUGCAAUAGGCAAUCUCGCGGACUUGAGAAGCCUAACUAUUUGUUCUUCUGGAUUUUCUGGGGCAAUACCUUAUUCAAUUGGUAAUUUGACCAGUCUGCUUUCUUUGGAUCUCUCUACAAAUUAUCUCACAGGGGAAAUUCCAACAUCUCUCUUCAAUGUUCCAUUACAGUACCUGGAUCUGUCUGGGAAUCAACUUUUUGGCCCUAUAAAAGAGCUCAAUGUGGUAUCUUCAGACUUGGAGUAUUUGAGUCUAGAAAGAAAUGAAUUGAAUGGAAAAUUUCCUAGGUCAUUCUUUGAACUCACAAACUUGGUCUCUCUGUUUGUUGGUUGGAACAACUUGGUAGGUACGGUGGAACUUACCUCAUUUCAAAGGUUGACGAAGCUAUGUCAUUUGAGACUUUCACACAACAAGUUGUCUAUCGUGGCUGGAGAAGGAAAUAAUAACUCAUCAUCAAGCUACCUCUCCGGACUUUCUUUGUUAGGGCUUGCGUCUUGCAAAAUAACCGAAUUUCCAAGUAUUUUGACACGUCUCGGUGAUGUUGGUGAUUUAGACCUGUCAUGCAACAAACUCAAUGGGGAUAUACCAAAUUGGAUAUGGAGCAAAAGUUUUUACAAUUUAAAUCUUUCACACAACAUGUUCACUGGCAUGAAACUAAAUUCAACCGUUCUCCCAUUAAGUAUUCCAAUGCAUGUGCUUGAUCUUAGUUCCAAUGGUCUCCAGGGUCAGAUCCCUAUGCCAUACUCAUCAGUAGUGUUUUUGGAUUAUUCAGAUAAUAAUUUCUCUUCUGUUCUUCCAAACUUCACUUUAUAUCUUGGAACUACCACGUAUCUCAAGAUGUCCAACAAUAGUAUAAAAGGACAUAUACCGCAAUCAGUCUGCAAUUUGAAAUUGGAUUUCCUUGACUUAUCCUACAACAACUUUAGUGGGGUGCUUCCCUCUUGUUUGAUAGAAGAUGCUUCAUUAACGGUAUUAAAUUUGAGAGAGAAUCACUUUGAAGGGACAUUGCCAUCUGAUAUUACAAGUGAAUGUACUUUCCGGACAGUAGAUUUGCAUGGAAACAAGAUUGAAGGGCAGCUUCCGAGGACACUUUCUAACUGCAAGGAAUUGGAGGUUUUUGAUAUAGGGAACAAUCUAAUAGUUGAUACUUUCCCAUCUUGGCUAGGGGAGCUUCCCAAUCUUUACGUUCUUAUCAUGAGGUUCAACCAUUUUUAUGGUUAUAUAGAUUAUAGUGCCGGUAAUCACCACUCCAAAGAUUACUUCUCUAGCUUGCAAAUUAUUGAUCUUGCGUCGAAUAACUUCUCUGGCACAUUGAAUACUGAAUGGUUUGGGCAGUUAAAAUCAAUGAUGGCCAAGUUAAAUAGUGCAGGACCUACUGUCAUUGCUCAAAACAUAUCAACCGGUCCCGGGGGACUAUAUCAAGAUUCUACUAAGAUCACAUACAAGGGGUCCUCUGUGACGUUUGAAAAGAUCCUGACAACCUUAACAGCAAUUGACUUUUCAAAUAACAAACUGGAAGGUACAAUUCCUGAAUCAGUUGGAUGGCUUGUUUCACUGCAUGUACUGAACAUGUCGCAUAAUGCCUUCACUGGGAAAAUUCCAUCCCAGCUUGGUGGCAUGACUUAUCUGGAGUCAAUGGACCUUUCUUGCAACCAACUCUCAGGGAAUAUUCCACAAGAACUUGCAAAUCUCACAUUUCUCGGCACGCUGAACUUGUCUGACAACCAGUUGGUGGGGAAGAUACCACAAUCACGUCAAUUCUCGACAUUUGAUAAUAGUUCAUUCAAAGGCAAUUUGCGUUUGUAUGGACCUCCAUUGUCCAACACCUGUGUCGUUUCACCUGCUCCUCCAAGUUUAAUGCAGGUGGAGGAUUCGUCUCAUGUUGACGUCAUCUUGUUUCUCUUUGUCGGGCUGGGCUACGGUAUCGGAUUUGCAGCUGCCAUUCUGAUGAGAUGGGGUCGAAUCAGUGAAUGGUUUAUUAAAUCUGCAAGAGCUCUGAAGACUUGA